AGCGAUUUAUACGAUUCUUUGCUAAUAAUUGACACUGGAUGCAGAAAUUUGCUAUGCUAUAUAUACAUAUGAUAGAUGUAUCUAUAUUUGGAUUAAUUAUUGCUUAUCACGAGUAAAGAAUAAUGUACAAUUCAAUUCCGUACAAAAUAUGUUUUCAGUUAAAUUGUACAUUGCAUGCAUAACUAAAAUUUUUAGUACAUAUUCAAUCGAGUUUGUUUGGACAAUGGUUUGCACUCCACAGAAAAACAAGCGUGGGCUAAACUAUAAAGUUGUCAACAACGUUGUCAAAGAGAUGUUAUCCAUAAAUAGCUCUCUCCUCGAGAUGUGAUUUUCUCCACGCACAAAAUCCUAUAUCAAAUUCCUUCCAAGGAGAGAGUAAUGUCAAAGCAAUCUACCAAUGACAAAGUACCACCUCUCCGAUUUCGUGUACUGAUAUUCGUUAAUGUGAUAUGGAAUUUAUGUAAUAAAAAUGAAGACAUGUGGCAAAAAAAUCAAUAGAUUUCGUAACAUUUCUAAAAUAAAAUGUGUUCAAACUUAAAAAUCAGCCUCCCAAUUCAACAUUUUUUACAAUCGGCUCAUUUUCAGGUACAAACAUACUUAAUUAGAUACAAUUAUUACAAUUAAUGAUCCAAAAACCAGUCACACUGGCAAUUGUGCUUACUCAUUAAAUGCUAAAAGUAACAUCAUUCAGACAUACUUUCUUAUCAGUAUGCAUUCCUACAUACAUAUGCAAAUGCACAUAUGUGUACAUGCAGGCAAGUCUAUGUUUCUGCCAGUGAUAAUCCAUACAUAACAGCUUAAUCUAAUAAAAAUCAGUGCAAAAUCAAUACUACAUCCUCCCCCAACAACAAUGCAGCUUUUUUCAGGCAUGGUACAUACAUACUUAUGUAAAACUCGCAAGAUUUCGCAUCUCCCUUAUGAAUAUCCGGACCGGAAAGAACUCUGGUGUUGAGGCUAAUCUAUCUCGUCCAUACACAUGUCAAGCAUGUCAUCAUUACGGAUCUUGUUUCCCUGUCGAGGAGAGAAUAAAGCUGUCCCUGGAGGGAAAGGUGAGUCCUAUAAGCACACAACAUGAUCCACAGGUGAAGGUGAAAGCACGACACGCGCACAGAGCGAUUUCUCCAAAUCAAGGACAAGUUGUUACCCUUGGUUGCAGCCAGCGUGGAGGCGGAUGCUAUUACUUUCUCCGGGAGUGAGUGCUUUCUCCCUGCUUUCUCCAUUUUCUCGGCAGCUUUCCCCACGUCCUCUCCUGCUUUCUCCUCUCCUCCGAAAUAACAUCUCGUCCUUACCCGCACACACGGGAAAUUGGGCUCAAUAUUAUUUUCGUGUCGGCGUAGAACACUUAGAUAUUUAUCCGCAAGAUAAUAUUCGUUUGUUGUCAAAACUUGGAAACAAAAUGUCCCGUUAUGUUUGCAAACUUUACAAGAUCUUGGAGGAGGAAUCUAGCCGCGAUGAAGGCGAUUCCCCACCACCACACAAACCUGAAACUCAAUCAACAGGUCCGCCCUCCGAGACAUCGCUCGCCCUCAUGAAUCCUCUGAUUCUCGACUCCAUUUUCUCCAAGUUGGACACCCGAACUUUAAAGAUCGCCCGACAAAUUUGUCAAACUUGGGCGGACAUUGGCGCCACCCAUCUCGCCACGCGGACCUACUUCAUGACCUGCCACAUGCUCCCACAUCACUGCUCCAGAAUCCUGCCCCCCUUCAACCCCAAGCUCGCAAAGAUUGUCAAAGUCAUAUUUUGCAAUUGCAGAAAUCCCGAAAACAACUUACUCAAGGAAAUCCGGCAUGAAAUCAUGACCAAAAACUUUUUCACCUUAUUCACGCAAAUUCAUGAGGUAACGGAAGUGCUGGACUUCUCCAUCAAUUCAAACUUCUCUCUGGCUCCGUUAAUAAGGUCGUUGUCCAUCUUGAAAUUUCCGCACUUGAAAGAAUUGACCCUUCACGAACCACACGUUCCGGAGGAAGCCAUUUCCCAAAAUCAGUUGUGCAUGCUUCCCAAACGGCCAAGUUUGACGAGAUUGAAUGUCCACUUGGCCAGGGAGAAAUCUCCGUUUGGUCAAAUUUUGCAAAAAUUGGUCAAUGCAGCACCCAAUUUGGGAAUUUUGCAAAUUUCUGGAAAUCAGACGCCAUGCUUGGCUGAGUGCAAGAUGUUGAAAUGCUUGGAGUUCAAGGGGACCUACAAACACACGGGACAGGUCAUGUUCAGCAUGCAGAAAUUGAAUGGGAUGUUGGCCGAUGUGAAGAAUUCGCUGGUUGAACUGGUCCUUAAAAUGGAUGAUCUCGAGGGUAAGGUUUCAACCGCUGGGAAUUAUAAUGUGGACGAAAAUUUUACUCUGCCAACAAUGCCGCUCCUCAUAAUCCUCACCGUACUGGAAGUCGACCUAUUUUCCAUCCAGAAUGAUUGGUCCCCAAAGAAAGUUCCCGUCUUGAAGGAGCUGUAUCUCCGUUCGAAAAAACGACUCGGCGUGAGUUCCUGCGUCUCCGCCCUGCACAUUCCGCACGAUCGGCUAGAAUCUCUGGAACUUUGGGGGGAUGGCACGGUCGACUCGGUCAAACGGAUUCGUCAGAUAUUUCCAACCUUGAAGAAUUUAGAGGUUGUCAUGAUCUGCCCGGAUUUGACGGAUGAAAACAAAAUGCGACACUUUACCCGACGCAUUGAAGCUUUCGGCAAGUUGAACAGAGACCAUUUAACCAUCACGGUGUCGAGAAUUCAUCGCUUCAUAUAUGCGAUGAUUGCACUGGAUGCCAUUUCCAGACUUAAGGCAUCCGUCGUCGUCAACCUCGAGUUCACUCGUUCCGCAUAUAUCGACAGCUACAACAAACCUGGAUUUGAGGUUAUGCUUCAGUCAUGCAAGCAGAUUAGCAAAAUUACCUUUGAAGGAGAGGGGAUUAUUCCCCUCAUCGGAAAGAACCUGGUCACCAAGUCGGGCAACUUAUUGCCAGUUACUAUCAUAUCAAGACCGGUGAUUAGCAUGGACAUCCGACUCUUGUUGGAUGAAGACCUUCAAAAUAUGUAAAAUCCAACAUCUUCGUCCACAACCAGCAGGGUAAUGACUCAUGUAACAUAUGAAUGUAUAACACAUUUUGUCACCAAAUGUGUAUGUACACAGUAAAUGAUUCCGAGCCAUUGUUUACUGUGCAUAUGCAAAUAAUGCCAUCCUUGUUGUCUCUUUAUUUAAUAAAAAGAACUCAGUAAAGCGUAAAGAUGCAACAAAAAUGGGAAGAAAUAAAAACAUACAUGCAUACACAUUUGCAAAAAAAGUACGAAAUUGGUUACAUGAGCCAUACAUAAAACAGUUUAUUUAACUAAUUGGUGAUGUUUAUUAACCUGAUAAAAUCAUGACCUAGGAUAACUUGAAAGUAAUAAAUGUGUGAUGAAUAUAUUUGAUGUUAUAUGCAUAACUUUACGUAACAUAGCUUAAUUUUGUAAAAAAAUCUGUCCAAUAAAACCCACCCACAACAAAGUAA